AUGCCAACGACACUUGAGUCCCUCCCAGUUGAGCUCAUUGCUACGAUCCUUGGCGAAUUAGACCUUGCGUCGCUAGUCAAAGUGUCGUGUUUGUCUCGGAGACUAAGACAUGUUGCUUCAGACUCGUCGUUAAACCCGUGGAGGCGCCCAAUUCUCCAAACCCUGGCUAGUGGUAACUACGAACAGAGUUUAUACCACCUUAGUAUUCGUUCAAUCGUACCCAGAAGCAAUUGGAUCGACAUCCUUGCGCUCGCGCCGCCGGGUUUCUUGCUGUUUGAAUCAUCCCUUCCGAACUUGAAGGCUUCCGAGUGGGAAGAAUGCUUCCGCAAACGAUUUCUUCCUGGAUGGCUCAAAUGGAAGAAGGAGAAUACUUGGAGAGUGUCCUAUCUCAAAAUGUUGUAUCGUGUCUGGCACAGAGCUUACACAUCCUGCACUACGGAUGAAGCUUGGACCAAAUAUGUCGUGCUUAACCGCAAUGGUUCAGUCAACGAACUAGAAUCAUCCUCGCGGGGGUUUAGCCCCAUGGCCAUUUUUGCCGAGAUGCAAUUUCAAAGUAACCUCUCACAUCUGACACCCACAAUAAGAGUGGUCGUCACAUUUUCUGACGUGCGGGUCAUCGCGAUUGGAGUUCUUCACAUGCGUCGGUCGUCGUUGACUGACAAUCACAAUGCGCGCGCUUUUCUCCAUCCUCCCGGUAUCGAGGCCACUGAUGCCCUUGGAGUAAAUAGCCGGGUGUUGCAUGACUCCCCUUAUGGACAUGAGCGUGAUGGCCCUUCUGGUAAUAAUAACCAAUAUUCUUGCUCCAUUUUUGUCUCGUACAACAAGCUUACGCAUCCCUUGCCGGCGGAAUCUCAUCGCAAUUAUCCGUUUUACACUCCCGGCGGGGGAGAUAGACGAUGGGGAUCUCUUGAGGAGCAAGGGCUACAGUGGGUGGGCGGUUUAAUGUUUGUGGAAGUGCCUUGCUGUCAGGGUAUGUGGAAGACUGAGUCUGAGUUUGGGGCCAGUUGGAAUCACUUUGCCUCGUUCACCUGGCAGGAUCUACUAACAAUAGCACCGUGGAUGAAAGAGAGGGUGACCAAAGUUAUUGAUGGUCCCGGUCUCGGAAUAUAA